UUUUUGCCGAGACCAUCACGAAUGGCGUCAGCUAUGCCGUGCUGCGUUGCGCUAUCUCGGUUAGAAAUUCACCAAAUCCCUUUAUCGUUGUUUGCACGCAGGGUUUGAAACUGCCUUUGCCUGCCUGAUAAUCGGCAACGACAUGUGGGGGAAUACCGUGAUCAGUGACGUCUGUCUAUCUAUCUCAAGUGACUUUUGUUUCUAACUGCCAUGGCGGACGAGAAAUCCUUCUACAACGACAGCAAAGCGAUUCCGGCGCCGGCAACAACGUCGAAGGGUGUUGCAGCGCGUCGAUGGAGCAUCGUCAAGCUAGUCCUUGCUCUUUGUACUGUGGUCGUGGUCCUCCAUUCUGUUCUGCGACCAUUGCACUUGCUCGACGUUGAGCAUCCCAAGAAAUACAAGCCUCUUGUUGGGAAGCGAGCUGAGAAUGUCUUUCUGUCUGUACCGAAUGAGGAGGCGUGUAUAGCGACAUCACGGCACUAUACUGCGGAACCGCAUCUCGCAGGUUCAACAACCGACCUGUCCACCGCAAAAGACUUUUUGCACUUCCUACAGACUGAGCUUGGCGUCCAACCGCCGACCGAGGAUCCUAUAUUCCCUGCCGGGUCGCCGGAAUCUCAGAGUGCCACCCUGUCCAUUCCGAAAACGUUCACGGCGCAGGCUUGGAUCGAUGUUUAUUACCCAGUCAUGAAUACACCACUUGAUCGUGCCGUGCAGGCUUUGGAUCCAGAGGGAAAUGUCAUUUGGGAUGCGGACUUGACGGAGCACGCUGGCGACACUGACCCGGAGGCUGGCGAAUAUUACGAUUUUGUGCCCACCUUCCACGGUUUGAGCAAGGGUGGCGAUGUCACUGGAAAGCUUGUCUACGCAAACUAUGGUUUGAAAGAGGAUUAUGAUGCCCUUAUUGCCAAAGGCGUUAAUCUCACUGGUUCAAUCAUCUUGGCCAGAUACGGUGGCAAUUUCCGCGGACUCAAGGUCAAAGGAGCACAAGAGGUUGGGGCUGCUGGUAUUCUUAUAUAUAGUGACAUUCGCGAUGAUGGCGUUGUAACUGUGGAGAAUGGUUACAAGCCGUAUCCCGAUGGUCCUGCUCGAAGCCCUACCUCGGUCCAGCGUGGUAGCGUGCAAUUCAUCAGUAUGUAUCCUGGUGAUCCGACAACUCCAGGAUAUCCUUCGUAUGAAAAUGUUACGCGCACGGAGGCACUGAACAGUCCUUCGAUACCCAGUCUUCCUUUUUCUUGGGCCAAUGCUCAAAAACUCUUGGAUUUGGCAGAGACAGGAGAAAUCAAUGUUAGGUUGGUCAACCAUGUCGAUGACAGGGUCAUACCGAUUUGGAAUACGAUGGCAGUUAUUCCAGGCUUCAUCACUGACGAGAUUGUGGUUGUUGGAAAUCAUAGAGACGCUUGGGUUAUGGGUGCAGCAGAUCCCACCAGUGGAACUGCGUCGAUAGCUGAGACUAUCCGAGGGUUUGGUGUUUUGAUGAGGAAAGGUUGGAAGCCACUUCGUACGAUCGUUAUUGCCAGUUGGGAUGCCGAAGAGUAUGGCCUCAUUGGAAGCACCGAGUGGGGCGAAGACUUUGCAGAAUUCAUUGACAAAUAUGUUGUUGCGUAUGUGAAUCUUGAUGUCUCUGUUGGUGGCUCCAGGUACAGCGCCCAGGCUUCUCCUCUGCUUGCCCAUCUUGUGCAGCAAACUGCGCUCGAUAUUCCGCAUCCAACAGACAAAGAUCGCACACUUUGGGAUGCGACCAAAGAUACCGGUACAUAUUUCGGUGCAAGAAAGGACGGAGAGACUGUUAUAGAUCCAGAUGUUGUAGCCAGGAGUGAGGCCCACGCUAAUGCCGUUGAUGCGCUCGGUGUUGGUGUAUUGGGUUCUGGCAGUGACUAUACCGUGUUUUUGCAACGCCUGGGGAUUUCCAGUACCAAUGGCGGAUUCGGUCAGACCAUAAACGAUCCGGUCUAUCAUUAUCAUUCUGUGUACGAUUCCGAGCGCUGGAUGGAAUUAUACGGGGAUCCCGGUUUCUUCCGUCAUACCGCUGUUGCGAAGCAUCUUGGACUUCAAGUUCUUCGUCUGGCUGAUAACGUCGUUCUUCCUUUCAACACGACGCAUUACUCGUAUGAGCUCGAGAAUUAUUUGGACAACGUGGAGAAUCUUGUAUCGGCACAAUCCGUGGAUAUCGACUUGUCACCUCUCCGGCAAUCUAUUCAUUCUCUGCAAGCUGCCAGUCUGGCUCUGGAUUAUGAGAAACUCGCGGCGGAGCGGAAUAUCAUCAAGGUCAUCAAAAAAUGGAGGAAAGAAGCAUCAAAGAUGAAGAAGCUGAAGAAGAAGCUCCGAAAGGCUUACUGCAAAGUCAGGAAGGCUUUAGGACAUCCUUGCGAGCCUCAUCGCCGCGAAGAACAACAUCAGCCUGCGGAAGAGGAACGCCGGGUCCACCACGCCGGAUUCGAGCACCGUAUAGGACGUCUUCCUGCUUGGCGACAAGAAGUGGCAGAAAAUGAAAUGCUUUAUGGAAUCGCUUUACAAGCUGGCUUUAAGGAAUCUCGUCGCGGAUGUGUUAAAGCAGAGAUUCGGCGCUUUUCCCACUUCCCUAUCGGCGAAAUGAAAGAAGCCGUGAAGUGUCUUCGUGCCGUUAAUCAGAAAUUGGUUACCUUUGAACGAGGAUUCAUCUCGGAGGAUGGGAUACCGGAGCGCGAGUGGUUCAAGCAUCUGGGUGUAGCGCCUGGGAAAUGGCUUGGGUAUGGCGCGACUACAUUGCCCGCCUUGACCGAGUCUAUUACUAUUGAUGGAAAUGCUACUCUGGCUAAGUAUGAAGCUGCUCGGCUCAAGGAUCUUCUGGAUAACCUUGUGGAGAAAAUCAAGGCAUAAAGGUCUUCAGAUAUAGGAGUAAUUUAUUAUAUAGUAUCGGAUGCUCUCUGUAUCUGCGUCUUUUGCUUACGUCCUGAAUCACUAGCCUGAGGCAGCGAUAGUGUACAAUCGUUCAGUGGGACGCCGAAUGGUGUCAAAAGUCAGGUUCUUCAUCUUCUCCCACCUUUUCAGCCAUUCCCCUAAUUUAGAAGUUGCUGAGUACGAUCAAUCAAG